CACGCGCCCACACACACAGCACGUAUUCAAGCCGCGUGCUAUGCAGGACGCGCACUCUGUUCAGAGGUAGUAGGAGGAGGACGACGAGGAGGAGGAGGAACCAAAAAUCUUCGCUCAUUUACUUAACAUCACUUCCCCACCGCCGGGAAAGCAAACACUCCUCCUGGAGCUGCAGAGGAGCAUGAAGUAAGAUCGAUGCCGACUGUGUGUCUGCAGAAAGCCGUCACCUGGACCUGCAGACCGACAGCGAUUAUUUAUUUAUUUAUUUUUAUUUUUUUUAAAUCUCUCCUCAAACACGUUGAGGGGCUCCGAGUCGACAGGAGCGCUCACGUUGGGACACUUGGAGAAGUUUGCGGGGAAGCUCCUCCAGGCAUGGAGCGGCAGCUCCUCUGACUGACGGCCGGUGGAUUUUUCUUGCAUUCUCUGUAAAUAAUGCAAAAAGCAGGUCAUCGAGGAUCAGUGAACUCCAUAUCUGGGCCCUGAUUGUUUCCACAGGAGAGUUGACGUACUCAGAGGAACCUGAUUUAAGAGGAGGGUGACAGGAUAAAGAAGAUACGGCUCUCUCAAUAGGAGCAGGAUCAAAGCCAUGGCUGCAUACGGACAGACUCAGUACAGCCCUGCCCUUCAACCCGCAGUACCAUACACAGCUUAUACACACCAUACACAAGGCUACAGCAUGCCCUCUUACAACAUAAAAACAGAGGAUGGUUUGAGUCACUCUCCAGGACAAACAGGACUCCUGGGCUACUCAAACUUCAGCGGCACCCCUCCGAGCCAAAGCCUCUACAGCUACUCACACACACAUGGUGCUGGUAUCUCAUCUGGAAUUUUUCAAGGUACUCAUGCAAUCUCAAGUUCAACCCCAUUCAACUCAACCCAACAAGAAUUUUCUGCAUAUUCCAGCUACAGUCAGAGCCAGUACUCUCCCUAUUAUAAUUCACAUCACUACAACAGUCCCUACAUAACCAGCAGCAACAUCAGUCCUGCAGCAAUUACAGCUCCUUUAGCCUAUCAACACCCAGAGCACCCGGUUAUGAUGCCCAAUCACAGCCCAGAGUCACAUACAGCAGAUUACAAUCCACCACCCAGUCCACCAACACCGGGUAAAGAAGAGGGAAUCCCAGGACGGAGGGGAUCCGACAGCAAGUUGAGAGGAAGAAAAAGAGUUAUUGAACCUGCUCCCCCUCUUGACUCUGAUAUAGAGCGUGUGUUUAUCUGGGAUCUGGAUGAAACCAUCAUCAUUUUCCAUUCGCUCCUCACUGGAACCUUCUCCUCACGGUUUGGCAAGGACUCAUCAAAGGCAGUGUCUCUGGGUUUGUGGAUGGAAGAAAUGAUCUUCAAUCUAGCUGACUCAAGACUCUUUUUCAAUGACCUGGAGGAAUGUGACCAGGUUCAUAUUGAUGACGUGGCAUCAGAUGACAAUGGACAGGACCUGAGCACUUACAACUUUGGGUCGGAUGGCUUCCAGAGCCCGGCAGGAGCAGGAUCUUUGUGCCUGGGGUCAGGAGUCCAUGGAGGGGUGGACUGGAUGAGGAAACUGGCCUUCCGAUACCGCAGAGUCAAGGAGAUCUACAACACUUACAAAAAUAAUGUUGGAGGUCUGCUGGGCAGUCCCAAGCGAGAGGAAUGGUUACAGCUGAGGAGAGAGAUGGAAGUCCUCACUGACCUGUGGCUGACUCAAGCACUAAAAGCCCUGGCUUUAAUCAACUCCAGACCUAACUGUGUGAAUGUGUUGGUGACCACCACCCAGCUUAUCCCUGCUCUCUCCAAGGUGUUACUCUACGGUCUUGGCUCAGCCUUCCCAAUAGAGAACAUUUACAGUGCAACAAAGACAGGAAAGGAGAGCUGCUUUGAGCGUGUAUCUCAGAGGUUUGGUCGCAGAGCGGUCUACGUGGUAAUAGGAGAUGGAGCCGAAGAGGAGACCGUAGCCAAAAAGAAGAACAUGCCGUUCUGGAGGGUGUCUUGUCGGGCAGAUCUGGAGGCUUUGAGCCAUGCACUGGAGAUGGACUACCUCUAGAGGGCAGCAGCUACCAACAUCUGUGCUCUUUAAUUUCUGAGUGCAUUUGUGAACCAGCCUGUUGGGACUAAUGUGGAGUCAAUAUUGCUGAGCACCGCAGCAGAGACAUUAACAUCAGGCGUGUGGAAGAGUAAAGAGUUUGAAGCAUAGUGCAUAAAAGGACGCAGACAUGAAGUCAAAAGGGCUUCAAUCAAACUGUGUGGAAGAAAAAAAGGGACCAAAGCUUAACUAAUCCCAGGGAACCAUGGUUAGUACUGCAAGUAUUAAACAAAAUAUGAAAAGCAACUUUUUUUUGUUCUUUUUUUUUUUGACUUCAUCUCAAGUUCUUGGAUUUGUGUCCCAAUUGUUGCACUGAAUGCAAAUUCUGACUUUCUGUUUCAUGAACUCAAUGUUAGAAUCAACACAGAUGAAAUGUUUAGAUUCUUCAAGCUUUUACUGCUAUGUGGAGAAAUCAUUCCUCUGGACAAUACUAUUUUUAGACCAAGAAAACUUUAUGCAAUACACAACUGCUUACUUCCACUAAAAUUGAUGUUAAUUCAUGACAUGUCAUGUUAAAUCAUAGUUUUUCUUAUAUUUAGACAUGGUCUGUGAUUUGUCACCAGAAUGAUGGUUAUUUAUUAUGGGUUUAAAUUUACAACACAGUAAGUUAGUAUGACAGUUUGUGCGUGUGUGUAAACAAAAUCAUUUAUUAAGGCUACAGCUAUGUUCUUGUAAAAACGUCGUGUAAGAUGUUGCCAUGCAGAUGCUGUGUUUUAGACUGGUGCUUGAAAACUUACAUUUGAUUUUGGGUUGUAGAUUGAUUUCCUUUCUGCUUUAAUUUCCCAUUAACCUGUAGAUAAACUGUUAUGGCUAUGGUUGUGCAUGUGCUGAUUACAAAGCCUGCGAGCUUAGUCAUGGUUUGUAUAUAAUGCCUUAUUGUCCAUUUCUUCUGACAAUUUAAGUAGAAAUGAUUUAAAAAAAUAAAUUAAUUGCAUUUUGGGGGAUCAUA